AUGUUCGUCGCUCUCUGUUCUCUUUCUUCACAGCGCCCGAGGUCAUGGCCGCUGCCCUUGUGCAGUCUCUGCCGCCACCAUGAACACCUCCCCGUCGUCUGCCUCUCUUCCGGCAGUGCCGCCGAGCCUGCACCCCGCUUCUCACGCGGGACGGCCCCUUCUCUACGCCACCGCUUCCCUGCAAGUGCAGCCACGCGCCUCCUCUGCGCCAAGGCCGCGGCCUCGCCUCACUUCUCCCCGCUGCUGUCCGACCUUGCCGGCGAGCAUCCCGCCAGGCCAGUCCGCUCCGUCCGGCCGCCUCCUACCAUUCAGUUAAUAGCGCCAUGGAUGCCGCCCCAAGUUUCGUCGCCGGUCGCCUCCGUCCCGCCUCCGGUCAGAUCCGGCGCCCCCGUGGCCGGAUCCGCCUGUCCCCGUCUGUUCCUGGCCGCCGCUUCCCUGCCCCGCCGUUGCAAGUCCCGCGUCUUGCCUCCUCUGACUGCUGCCUCUGCAUCGAGCGAGGCUAGGCAGCCGCGCGCAUGUGUUGACCGCAUCGUCAACCCGCCCGAGCGGGUCGACCUCCAGCCGCGCGCCAAGGCCCAGCUCCUCUUCGCCAGAUCCGCCGGCCUCCCUCUGCUUCCAACUGGGCCAUGGCCCAUGCGCCUGAGGUCAUGGCCGCUGCCCUUGUGCAGUCUCUGCCACCACCAUGAACACCUCCCCGUCGUCUGCCUCUCUUGCGGCAGUGCCGCCGCGCCUGCACCCCGCUUCUCACGCGGGACGGCCCCGUCUCUGCGCCACCGCUUCCCUGCAAGUGCAGCCACGCGCCUCCUCUGCGCCAAGGCCGUGGCCUCGCCUCGCGUCUCCCCGCUGCUGUCCGACCUUGCCGGCGAGCAUCCCGCCAGGCCAGUCCGCUCCGUCCGGCCGCCUCCUACCAUUCAGUUAACAGCGCCAUGGAUGCCGCCCCAAGCUUUGUCGCCGGUCGCCUCCGUCCCGCCUCCGGUCAGAUCCGGCGACCCCGUGGUCGGAUCCGCCUGUCCCCGUCUGUUCCUGGCCGCCGUUUCCCUGCCCCGCCGCUGCAAGUCCCGCGUCUUGCCUCCUCUGACUGCUGCCUCUGCGUUGAGUGAGGCCAGGCAGCCGCUCGCGUUGACCGCAUCGUCAACCCGCCCGAGCGGGUCGACCUCCAGCCGCGCGCCAAGGCCCAGCUCCUCUUCGCCAGAUCCGCCGGCCUCCCUCUGCUUCGAACUGGGCCAUGGCCCAUGGUGA